AUGUUGUUUUCCGGACUCUUAGGUGAUCUUGCGGUGAGCAGUGAGUUCCAACUGGUGGCGGCCACCAAGGAGAACAGCAAGAUGAUCAACAUGUUCCAAGAGUUUCUGGGCUUCACCUCCAGCACCGGCUGCGCCUUCUUUCAUGGUGUUUUUCGUGUCGCUUUGCCGUCAAGACUGCUCUGCCUCCUUGCUCCAACUUUGUUCAUCUUCAGCAAGAUUGUGCGGGGUGCCAGGUGGUUUAACCAGGAAGGCGUCCUCUCGGAGCUGGAGCAGCGUAUUCAGGGGAAGUUGGAGCAGCUGUCGGCAGAGGUGCGUGAGGAGGUAACUCAGCGAAGGACAUUGCUUGCCAAAGAGUCCAAGGAGCGUGAGGAGAGCUGCAUGGCGAUCCUGAAGUCCUUGGAAGAUCAGCUUGGCGGCGUUGGAGAAUCGCUACGACGACAUGAGAAAGAUCUGCAACGCAGCCUAGAAUCCACAGCGGCAGCGUUUGCGGAGAAGAACACGAAGGAGAUGAUGACGACCCGGCAGGACGUGCUGGAGCUGCGCGAGGAGCUUCAGGAAGUGGCGCGAACUGGGCGCGAGCGGUUGGAGGAAGCACUCGUGCGCCUGAAUGCCAUGGGCCCUGCCCGUGGCGAUGCUGGCCUUGAGGUAAAGGCGCGGGAAGAGCUUUGGAAAGAUCUGGAUCAACUAAGAGGAGAACUGCGGGUGGAGUCUGCCACACGGAAAGAAGACGUCCAAGGUGUUCGCUCCAGCCUCGAUCGCUUGCGAGAGCAGGUGGUCGGCACGUCCGUUCUCGGCGUGGAGGAGCUCCAGAAUGCCCUCAAGGCGGAGUGCGUGGCGCGCGAGCAGGGCGACCAACGGUGUAUGGAGGCCCUUCGCGAUCUCACCGAGGAGCAUGCAGGCAUGGUGCAUGGCAGCCCUGCUGGUGUGAAGCAGGGCAGCCCUGCUGUCUCGGGCGGCACGGAUCCGGUUUCUUCUCCGUACGCUGGCAUGAAUCUCCAGCAGGUGCCACCACUCGGUCGGCCAGCUACGGCUGGGGCUCUGGCAGUUGCCCGUUCACCUCGAAGCGGACAUGUGCUGCCACUUCGGGAAAAAGCCACAGCUGCGCAGACUUCCAAAACCCUCUCUAUGCCCUCUAUGACGCAUCCGAGCUUCUCAGCAUGA